GUGCAGUGUAUACAUGCAUGCAAUAAUGGUGGUAAAUGCAAUACAACUAUUGGUGAGUGUAUCUGCACUUCUAACUAUGGUGGUGAUGAUUGUACAACACCAAUUCAAUACAUCUCAUCUAUUCAAGAAGCUCCAGUUAAUGGAGGAACAGUUUAUUUAUUUGGUUGGUUUGGCAUAGUACACAGUGAAGCAUCCGUAUUUAUUGGGUCAAAAGAAUGUAAUAUCACAAAUAUUAAUACAACCAACGUUGAUUGUACCAUUGACAAAGGUGUGGGUGAAAAGCCAUUGAAUAUGACACAAAAUGGGUAUAGUUUCAUUACAACCUACCAUUUUUCAGUCUCUGAUAAAACCUGUCCAAAUAACUGUAGUGGCAUUGGUACAUGCAACACCAAAAAUUCAGAGUGCUCUUGCCCAACCGGUUAUAGUGGUUUCGAUUGUAGCACAAAAGAUAAUGGAGGCUCCCCAGGUACUUCUAUUGACCAUGACGAUUUGGAUUGUAGCUCUCCAAUUAGAAAUCCCAAUGAAAAUACAUCACCAAAAUCAAAUAGUACUGUAAACCCAGAUGGCUCAACAACUGUAGUAAACGAAAAUACAGCCUAUAACAUUUAUAUCACAUCUUUAUUAGAGUUGGACUAUAGCAGUGCGGAAGUUAAAAGAUACCCAUUAGAAAACAAUUGGGUUGUUAACCAAACAAAUAAAAAUAACGAAAUUAGUUCAGAAAUUUACUUUUCGCAAACUUUAAAAGGAACUGGUUGUCAAGUAGUGUUAUUGGUUCAAGAAAUUAAAAAAGAAUCUAACUAUUCAUUUGCAGGUAUCGAUUUUAAAUUAGAACCAGGAUCCAUCAAAGUAUCGGUAUCAAUUACCAACUAUCGAUAUCAAAGUCCACUAAACACAUUACAAUUACAAAUGAUAUCAAAUGUAUCGUCAAAUACAAUCGAUUGUAACACCAAAUCAACUGAAUCAACAACAUCAUUAUUUGAUAAUCAGUUAUUAAACUAUAUUACAAUCAGAAAAGAUAAUAAAGUACUCUAUGGUAGAUUUAUAAAUAGGGCAAUGUUGGAUGAACGUCCAAGAACAAUCACAACAUCGCUAAUAGCAAACGUCAAUGAAUCAAUAACCAUUGGAAUUAAUAUGCCACAUUGCAAUCAAUGUCAUAUCGAUCCAGACUUUUCAGUUCUAGUAUCACCAGACUUCAAAUCAAACUGUGAAGGCUCUUCAAAAAAAUCAUAUGUUAUACCCGUUGCAGUAGUUGUAAGUGUUGUUGGUGUUGCUCUAAUUGUUUGUGCCUUAUAUAUAGUUUAUAAAAAGAAAAAAGCAUUAUAUUUCAAAAAGAGACUUGAUCAAGUACAAAUGGAUGGCUUAGAUAAUUAA